AUGGGCGGCGGGAGACGCUGCGGGUGAGCGCUCGGGCUGCCGGCGCGCGCGGCUGGCAGAAAUUGAAUUUGAUGGAUCUGAAGAAGUCACCGUUCUUGCUGGAAUCCAGCGAUAGUGACUCUGAGGAGUUGCCAAUAUUUACCUUCCUUAAGAAGGAACCAGCUUCAACGAAGAGAAGCCACCCUGAGAAGGAGAAGAUUGUAGUGUUAGACACCUCAGAUUCGGAGACCUCUUGUCCUCCAUCACCAAGGUUGAAAGACCCACCAUCUGCCCCCCACACAUCUCAAACUGUCACACAAACAGAGCCAGUCAGGGUGCUAAGCAGUGGAAGUGAGGGUGAGGAGGAAUUUGUUCCCCUGGCUAAGAGGCUUGCUUGCAAGUUUUUGACCCACAAGCAACUGAGUCCUGAGGAUUCGGACUCUCCAAACAAAAUAAAUGAAGGCGCAGCACAUGACUGGAAAAAGCAGCCUUUUCCAAAGAGUCCUGAUGUUCCCCUCCAAGCCACCUCAGAGAGACUUGCAUUCAAUAACAAGCCCUCUUCAGUAGUUGAUCCAUGCCACCAGCUUCCAGCCUACCAAGCCACCUGCCCUGUCCGGUGCCAAAGCUGGACAGUGACCAACACAAAUGCCCAGGCCUCCUCACCUCAGAAGAGAAGCAAGCCUAGUCAGAAGGUGCAGAGGAGAAUCACAGAAGGAGACCAGCCCCAAGAACAAACGAGCCGGAAGAAAAGCACCCUGAGACGAGAAGGGAAGAAGGCAGCACCGGCUCCGAGGCUGAAAGCCCAGAGGCCAGAGGAGUGCCUAAAGCACAUUGUCGUGGUGCUCGAUCCAGUGCUUUUGCAGAUGGAAGGUGGGGGCCAGCUCCUCGGAGCGCUGCAGUCCAUGGAGUGCCACUGUGUGAUUGAGGCGCAGGAAGUGCCUCGCAGCGUUACCUGGAGAAGAGGGGCUGGUCUGGCUGAGGAUGGAGAAGAGGGCUGGGUGGAAGAGCCCUCGGUCCUGGUGCUGCUCCUGGCAGAGGUCUUUGUGUCCAUGAUCUACAACUUCAAGCAGGGAAGUCUGAGCAGCACCGAGAGGGAGAAGGAAACACUUCGGAGCUUUGUAGCUGACAUCACAGCCAGGACAUCAGGGAAAGCGCUGUCAUUGGUGAUUCUGGACCAGGAGAAGUACUUCAGUGCUCCACAUCCGCCAAAGAGAAGGAAACAGGGAGUGGCAGAGAGAGAACAGGCCAAGGAGAAGCAGCAGAGACAACCAGAGCCCAGCACAGGGUCUGUGGUAUCUAGAGUAGAUAUGGAAGAGGCAUUGGUGGAUCUGCAGCUACACACAGAAGCCCAGGCUCGAAUUGUGCAGAGCUGGAAAGAGCUGGCUGACUUGGCAUGUGCAUUCACAAAGGCGGUGGCCGAGGCACCCUUCAAGCAGCUCCGAGACCAGACGAGCUUCUCCUUCUGCCUGGAGAGUGACUGGGCUGGAGGGGCAAAGGUGGACCGCACUGGCAGGGGACUUGCACUGGUGUGGAAGAGACAGAUUCAGCAGUUGAACCGUGUCAGCCUGGAGAUGGCCAGCGCUGUUGUGGACGCCUAUCCCUCCCCACAGCUCCUGCUCCAGGCUUAUAGGAGGUGUUCUUCGGAGCAAGAGCGCCAGAAUCUGCUUGCAGACAUAAAGGUGCGCCGUGGGGAAGGUGUGACAUCCACCUCCCGCCGUGUUGGACCAGAGCUGUCCAGGCGUAUCUACCUUCAGCUGACCACUCUGCAGCCAGAUCUCUCUUUAGACUGUGUGGACUGACGCUAGCCCCCAGGGCCAAGGAUGGAAAGUUCUCCCAGAGCCAGUCCCACAAAGCUUUCCUGGGCCUCAUUAUCUGUGCCAGCCUCCUUAACUGUCAACACAGGACAGAAUC